GCACACCUUUCAAAGUUCAAGGUUACUCGCUUGGAUUAUAAACCUGUAGCUGUUGUCAUUGGAGUGUUUCCAACAGUAAUUGGCAGUUAUAGUCACAAUUUAAAAUGGAACAGAACAACAAGUUAUCUGGAGCUUUCUCCGUAACGAUCUAUUUUAUCAUUCUAGUGAGUGGAAUUGAAUGUCAGGAGGUCAUAGCGAGUCAAUCCAACAGUAAUCAGUCGCUAAUUAACAAUAGUUCCAAGGCAAACCCGAACGCUCCAUCGUUUACAGAGAGCUUGGGCUAUGGAUUUCUUUGUGUCACUCUAACUAAUUUAUGUGCUCUUGUAGGAAUUGUAUUUACGCUUCUUAAAAAAUAUCGUUUCUUCCCAACAAUACUUUCAUUUAUGGUGGCUACUGCUGUUGGUUCAUUAUUAUCAACUUCCAUUAUUGUACUUAUACCUGAGGCAUUACAAAUCCUUCAACCAACAGGUAAUAAGAAUACAAAAGAUUCCGACUCGUAUGUUAUUAAGUCGAUUACCGUAUGUAUCGGUGUAUUUUUCUUCUAUAUUUUGGAAUUCCUCCUACGUCUCAUUCCACAGUGUUUUCAGAAAAAGAAAACACAUUCGAAUGACAAAAGUCAAAAUGGGUUUCAUAUAGAUCAAUUUAAUCAUCAUCAUCACCAUCAACUUUCUUAUCAUCAACAAGGAAGACCUUCACUGGUAAUACCUGUCGAACCAGUAGCAGAUGGUGAUAAAGAUGGGCCUAUUGUUGAGUUCACAUCUAACCGUUCUAAUCAGUCGAAAACAAUGAACAGGUCUCUAGUAGUUGGUGAGACAGAUUUACAGUGUGAAUCGCCUCCAACUGAAGACGUAAUGAAUCAUCUGCCAUCAUACGAGGAACUUUCUACGGAACUUCAAAAACCUAGUAAUAAUAAACAAAUAAAUACACAACCAAUAAUCCAGUCGACCCAUACACUGAAAAAGCAUAAAAGUUGGCAAAAUAGACUACGUGAUUUAGAACCUGUUGCUUGGAUGAUUUUCAUUGGUGAUGGUGCCCAUAAUUUUAUGGAUGGACUUUCAAUAGGUGUUGGAUUUACUCAAAGUAUCGGUUUAGGAAUAAGUUUAACAUUGGCUGUUUUAUGUGAAGAACUUCCACAUGAAUUAGGUGAUAUUGCUGUACUUCUACGUUCUGGACUAACUGUACCAAUGGCUAUGUUAUUUAAUUUUGUUUCUGCGUGUUCAGCAUAUAUAGGGUUGUUUGUUGGCUUAUCUGUUGGUGAUCUAAAUGAUGUAGCACCAUAUGUAUUUGCUUUAACCGGUGGCUUCUUUAUGUAUAUUGCUCUUGCAGAUAUGCUUCCAGAAAUGCGUGCUAUGGAAGAUGCAAAACGAAUAGAGAACGGUAAUUGUUGGGCAAUGUUUCUCACAAAUCUUAUCGGUCUUUUAUUCGGUUUUGGAUGUAUUGUGACAAUUACAUUGACUAGUCAAUAUAUAAAUAUUUAAUUAUUUUUAUUAUUAUUUCGUAACUUAUAAAAUAUAAUGAAACAAUAAACUAAUAAUUUGUCAAUCCAAUGAUAUUUUCAUUGUGAUUUAUUAUUUUUUUUCCUAAUUACCAUUUUAUUCGUCUUCUUUAUACUUUUCCAUUUAUUGUUUACUCUUUAUCUGUCUAUUGAAUCUUUCAUUGUUUUUAAAAUGAAUAACUUUUAGUCAAUUUCAAUCUAACUAUAAUACAUAAUUGUUUCAAUUGUUUAAAUGUAAAAUGAUUUGUUUGUUUGUUUUUAUUUUUAAAAUUAUACUUUUUGUUUACUUCAAAUUGAUUAUUAUGUAGUCUGAAAUCUAUCCUCACUAUUUUUUCUCUCAUUUUUCCAUCAAUUAAUUAAUUGUCUCCUAUUUUAAUUUAGAGAU